AAUAAAUACAAAAGUGAUAAUAAUUAAAUAGACUAAAAAAUAUUUUAAUUUUAUCCCUCUGACUUCCAAAAUUCUCCUCUGCUAAGAAACCUUUAUUAAAAGCUACUUUUCAAUCCCUCGAUCCUAACCUUGGAUUUUUUUCCUUUUCAUUUUCCGGGAAAUAGUUUUUCCUGGAAAAAAUAGAAAAAGCAGAGCCCAAUUUUCCAUCGAACCAAACGGAAGCUUUUUCUGAAUGGGGCAACAACAAUCGAAAGGCGAGUUGUUGUACAAUCAAGUGAAUUACGGCAACACUGAAGGGAUCAAAGCUCUUUGCCGUGAAGGCGCAGGCCUUGAGUGGAUUGAUAGAGAAGGGAAAACGCCGUUGAUUUUAGCGUGUUUGAAUCCGGAGCUUUUUAAUGUGGCCAAAACUUUGAUCGAACUCGGUGCCAACGUUAACGCUUAUCGUCCAGGUCGGCAUGCUGGGACUCCCUUGCACCAUGCAGCAAAGAGGGGCCUCCAAAAUACUGUCAAAUUACUUCUUUCACAUGGAGCUAACCCGUUGGCGCUGAAUGAUGAUUGUCAAACACCUCUAGAUGUUGCUAGGGUGAAAGGACAUGUCAAUGUUGUGCGGACAAUUGAGGACCACAUAUGCUUAUUCUCUGGUUGGAUGCGGGAGUUUUACGGGCCAGGAUUUAUUGAAAUGUUUGCUCCUCAAUUGGUUUCAAGAAAAGUUUGGGUGGUUGUUUUACCAACUGGUUCCCGUAACCAUACAAAGCCUUUCAAGUUGGAGCUGGCCAUAUAUUCCAGUUUGCAGGAUGCCCAACCACGAACAAUUAUUCCAUUGUGGAGAGCUAAUUUGGAGGAGCCAAAGCUUAACCAGCCUGAUCCUUCGGUGGCAAUCCUUGAUAACAGCACCCUCUCAAGACGCGGGAGGCGGAGGCGAAGUAUUUACACCUCCCGAGAGGCGAGGUGUAAGCCUGGAAUAAUAGCUAGACUUAAGCAUGAAACACGCAUUAAACUUGCGCCCGAAUAUGAAAAUGACAGACAGAAGCUUCAGUGGUUUUGUGAUGCAUGCAAAGGAAUCCCACAGGCAACAGGUCCUGCAUUUCUGCAUAAUUCUCAGCCUCCAGCUGCUCAGGCAACUGCACCACAAGAUGCAGAGGAUUUAGAAUUAGCAAUGGCAAUCAGUGCCUCUAUCCAGUCAGCUAUUGCAGAGACACCCAAUUUCGAUUUGCAUUCUGGCAAUGAGGCUGGUUCAUCCACCAGUUGGAGUAGCUCUGUAAGUACUAGCAAUCACAGUGGUUCAAUAGCAGUGAUGGCAUCUGCUCCUACAAAGGCAAGCAUCAGUGAAUGGUCAAUGACUGAACCUGGCUCUGGUAGCAAUUCAACUGAGGGCACGGGGAUCCAUAAUAAUAACAUUUCUGCUGUCCAUACGACAGUGCAAACCUCAGAUUCAGUCCCAUCAGCCCCACCAGCUGUUAAUGAGAUCAUAGAAGAUGGUCCAAUUCAAUAUCCAUCGAUUGAUUCCAGUCCGAUUGAUAUGUCUUCCACAAAUAUUGAAAGCGUAUCUGCAAGUGCAGAUCAAACAAAAGAAGACGAAGCUCCUUCUUCAUGUGUGAUAUGUUUGGAUGCUCCAUCUGAGGCAGCUUGCGUCCCUUGUGGCCAUGUAGCUGGAUGCAUGUCUUGUUUGAAUGAGAUUAAAGCCAAGAAAUGGGGUUGCCCUGUAUGUCGUACCAAGAUUGAGCAGGUUAUAAGGCUCUAUCGUGUUUGAAUUUCACAUCUGAAUUACUUGUGUAAAGCUCUAAAGGUUUUCUGUGAUUUCUGCGCCUCAAAUAAGUUUGUUUCCUUGUGGAGUUUACUAGUUUGUAAGCCUGCGCAUCGCGCUAUUUAUUUUUGUAAAAUUAUAUAAUCCAAAAUUACUUUAAACAAAAUUCAUUUCAUGUAUAUUUGCAGCAAAAGGAAAAUUAUGAAUAGA